CGCCGCGGCCGCCACGCUGCCGCCCCGAGCGCCGUCCGUCCCCACAGCGGCUCCGUCGCACGAACGCGCCUCCGCCAGCGGGGGGUCCCCAACGGUAGCGGCGGCGGCUGCCGGAAGUGACGCGCUGACUGACAGGUGCAGCGCGCGCCCCCUCCCGCGGGGUCACGUGCUGCGGGGCGGGGAGGGGGCGCGGGGGGGGCGGGGCGGCGCUGGGGGCGGUGGCGGCGGUGGCUGCGGGCCGUCGGUGCGGGGCUUCGGGCCGGGCGGGGGGCGAUGCGGGGACGGCCCCGCAACUCCGGGCUGUGAGAUCUGUCCGGAGAACGCGGUGGGGGGGCCCGGGCCGCCCUGUUGGACGUUAGUGCCCGCGAGGCUGCGGGCAGGGCGGCCGUGGGGAGCCUCCCGCAGCGAGGACCGAGCUGCGAUUCGCUGCCUUGUCGUUUUUUGCCCCUGCAGUGACUCAGACUUCCUCCUGUCGUGGCCCGCGCAGGUCCGCGCUGCCCGGAGUGUGAGCGCUGCUGCCUCCGCCCCGGGCGCCCGUUGUGCCAUCGCUCCGCUCCCGCAACCGCACCAAAGCGCUUCCGGUGAAUUUGCCGAAUUACGGCAUCGGAGCAACAGCUCCAACCGUUCCCCAGCACAGGGAAAGGAGAGGAGGGGGAAAAGGAAAGGAGAGGAAAGGGAAAAGAAAAGGAGAGGGAAGGAAAAAGGAAAGAGGAAAGGAGAAGGGAAAGAGGAAAGGAAAGGAGAGGAAAAGGGAAGGAAGAAGGGAAGGCCGCACAGACGCGGUGGACGCAGGGCAGAGGGAAGCGCUGCCCCACGAGGUUCUGUGCUGCUGUCUGUCUGCACCCACAGCACUUCCCCACUGGAGCAGCGAAUAAAACUCCUCUCGUCGUGAUAAAGCUUCUGAAUGUGUGCUUUGCACCCACGGCUGUGUUCCCUCUGAUCCGUUUAGCCUCAUCAGCUACACUGAAGAUACUGAAUCAGAACAAGCUGGCAAUCUUGUGGAUGAAACGUGGGAGCGAGCGGAGUCCAGCUGGCUCUUGGGCAGAUCUGUUGGCCAGCUGGCAGGAGUCAAACUGCAAGAAAUCUGACACAGAAAACACGCAGAGCGAGGAGACAGACAGCAGAGGCAGGCAGGGUAAAAAGAGUGAGGACUUCAACAGCGGUUGGUUGAAUGCAACAGACUGUUGGAUUCCAGAGCAGUCAAACUGAGACAUGCCCUCACUGAGAAGGGCCACCUCUGAGCACACUCCCAGCGCUCACCCAUGACUUCUUUCUCUGCCCUACACUUUCCCUCUGCAUACAAGAGGACCCACCAUGUCUGACAAACCUGAUUUUGCAGAAAUCGAAACGUUUGAUAAGACCAAGCUGAAGAAGACAGAAACAAGAGAGAAAAAUCCACUGCCCACCAAAGAAACUAUUGAGCAAGAAAAGCAAAGUGAGAGCACAUCCUGAACGUCAGAGAGAUGCUGUGACUGCUGCUUCUCCAGUGGGGUUUGGGCUUCUGUGCUGGGUUUUGGUCUGUUGUUUCCCCUCCCUUCCACCUUCCCCUCAGUGCUCGUUAUCCAUUUCAUUUAGCAAACCCUCCUUUCAUGUUCCCAGGAAGAAGUUUGUUUUGUAUUUGUUGAAGACAAUUUGUAUUCUUCAAAUGGAAAUUCUAAGUUCUGUACCACCCCCAUCAUUUGGAAAAAAAAAAAACCAACAACCCACCAACUGCAUAAAAAUGUUUUCCUAACCCUCACAACGAACAAGUUUCUUCCAUCCAGCUGUGUCUGAGACUUUACAAAUAGGAGUUGCUGUGUAAAUCCUCCAACAAGGGUAGCUGUGACUGCGGUCAGCAGCUCUGCUCUGCAGCACAGGGGAUGUGCUGAGCCAGGGGUGUGAUGGCGUCUGCCUUCAUCUGACCACAUCAAAUGCAACAGGGCAUUUCAGGGGAGCUCCAAAGAGCAAAGCUUACAUUCUAACAACCCUUACCUGUGGAGAAGGGCAUGAAUAAGACAGGAAGCUGUCAGCCUGUUCAGUCCUAUCCAAUAGCAGGUUGGAGGUCUCCAAGACAAACUGAUGGCUGGGCUGAGGAAGGACUCCAAUUAGGAGCUCAGGUGGGAAUGGCUGCAGCUCUCUCAUCGGCAUUCUGCCCUCGUUAGCCCAUCAAGAUCCAGUCAGCCUCAGUACAGCUCUUUGCCCACCUGAUAGCAAGCAAUAUGAGAACGCUCAAAGGUCUCUGGGGCAGUGAAGAAAAUAAAUUCAUUAUAAAAUGA